UACUUCGAAGAUGGUUCGGCUGACAUUGAGACCUGGAGCUCUGAUGCCACAAUGAGGACUCACACACGGGGGGCUCCUAGUGUGUUUUUCAUACACGUGAUUUGCCUCGUACUGGUCUACAGCACUGACGACACCCCAAGCACUAUGGUUCCUUUUGUCAAUGCCAACUAUGAUAGCUACCCCAUGCUCUACUUUUCCAGAGGAGAGAUUCAGGAUUUACGAUUCAAGGCAGCCAGCACACAUCAACACAUUUCAGCUCGGCUGACCGAGGCCGUACAGACCAUGCUGACAAAUCCCUUGGAGUACCUUCCUCCCUGGGACCCUAAGGACUUCAGUGCUCGGUGGAAUGAAAUCUAUGGCAACAACCUGGGGGCCCUGGCAAUGUUCUGUAUACUGUAUCCAGAGAACAUGGAAGCCAUCAGCAUGGCCAAGGACUACAUGGAACGAAUGGCGGCUCAGCCUAGUUGGUUAGUAAAGGAUGCCCCAUGGGAUGAGGUCCCUCUUGCUCACUCUUUGGUUGGAUUUGCCACUGCCUAUGAUUUUUUGUACAACUACCUUAGCAAGUCUCAGCAGGAGAGAUUUCUUGAGGUAAUUGCCAAUGCCUCAGGAUACAUGUAUGAAGCAUCAUAUAGGCGCGGAUGGGGUUUUCAAUACCUACACAAUCAUCAGCCUACCAACUGUGUGGCGCUGUUGGCAGGAAGCCUGAUUUUGAUGAAUCAAGGUUAUCUUCAGGAAGCAUACGUAUGGACCAAGCAAGUCCUGGCAAUUAUGGAAAAGUCCAUAGUUCUGCUGCAAGAAGUGACGGAUGGAUCCCUCUAUGAAGGAGUAGCUUAUGGCAGUUAUACCACCAGAUCUCUUUUCCAGUACAUGUUCCUUGUCCAAAGGCACUUUGACAUUAACCACUUGAAACACCCCUGGCUUAAACAACAUUUUGCAUUUAUGUACAGGACAGUACUACCAGGAUUCCAAAGGACUGUUGCUAUUGCAGACUCCAACUACAACUGGUUUUAUGGACCAGAAAGCCAGCUGGUAUUCUUAGACAAAUUUGUUAUGCGUAAUGGAAGUGGAAACUGGUUAGCAGAUCAGAUCAGGAGGAAUCGUGUGCUGGAAGGCCCGGGAACGCCAUCCAAGGGACAGCGCUGGUGUACACUUCACACUGAAUUCCUCUGGUAUGACGCCCGCCUGGGUUCCGUGCCUCCACCAGACUAUGGAAUUCCAAAGCUGCAUUAUUUUGAGGACUGGGGAGUUGUAACAUAUGGAAGUGCUCUGCCGGCUGAAGUCAACAGACCCUUUCUCUCCUUCAAAUCAGGAAAGCUGGGAGGACGUGCAAUAUUUGAUAUUGUUCACCAGAACAAGUACGAAGAGUGGAUCAAAGGCUGGAGGAACUUCAAUGCUGGCCAUGAGCACCCGGAUCAGAACUCUUUUACUUUCGCUCCCAACGGUGUGCCUUUUAUAACAGAAGCUCUGUAUGGACCAAAAUAUACGUUUUUAAACAAUGUGCUGAUGUUUGCUCCAGCUGCAUCAAAGAGCUGUUUUUACCCAUGGGAAGGGCAAGUUACUGAAGACUGUUCAUCAAAAUGGUUGAAAUAUAAACACGAUCAGGCUGCAGAUUGCCAAGGAAGAGUCGUUGCUGCUAUGGAAAGAGGUGGGAUCAUCUUCAUCAGGGGUGAAGGAGUAGGUGCUUACAACCCCAAGCUAAAAUUGAAAAGCCUCCAAAGAAACCUGUUACUUCUCCAUCCUCAGCUCCUCUUACUAGUGGACCAGAUACAUCUUGAUGAUGACAGUCCCUUGGAGGUGGCAACCAGCUUCUUUCACAAUGUGGAUGUGCCUUUUGAAGAAACUGUGACUGAUGAUGUCCAUGGGGCCUUCAUCAGGCAGCGAGAUGGGACAUACAAAAUGUACUGGAUGGAUGACACUGGCUACAGUGAGAAAGCUGUUGUUGCCUCAAGACUGUAUCCCAGAGGCUACCCUUACAAUGGAACAAACUAUGUGAAUGUUACAACUCACCUGCGAAGCCCUAUCACCAGAGCUGUUUAUCUCUUCAUUGGGCCUUCUGUAGAUGUCCAAAGCUUUAAUGUCCAUGGGAAUUCUCAGCAAUUAGAUGUUUUCAUAACAACAGGCGAGCAUGCCUAUGCUGCUUAUUUGUGGACUGGUGAGGAUAAAAGCCACUCGGUCUUUGCACAAGUUAUUGUGGACCGCCAAAAAAUUCUAUUUGACCGAACCUCUACCAUUAGGAGUGCUGCAGCAUCAGAGAUAAGGGAUUAUGUUGGGUUAGUAGAACAGAAUCUACAGCAUUUCAAGCCUGUCUUCCAGCAGCUGGAGAAGCAAAUCCUUUCCCACGUACAGAACACCGACAGCUUCAGAAAGACUGCUGAGCGAUUGCUGCAGUUUUCAGAUAAGAGACAGACAGAGGAAGCCAUUGAAAGGAUAUUUGCAAUCUCUCAGCAACAGCAGCAACAAGGCAGGGGAAAGAGGAACAGGAAGGUAGUUAAAGGGUUUGUUGAUGCUGGCCCUGACAUUUUUGCACAAAUUGAAGUCAAUGAAAGAAAAGUUCGUCAAAAGGCACAAACUUUGGCCGAAAAAGAAUUGCCUGUGGAUGAAGAAGAGGAGAUGAAAGAUCUUCUCGAUUUUGCAGAUAUUACCUAUAGGCAGCAUAAAAACAGUGUAUUGAUCAAAGGCCAAUCUGGCCUGGCACAGAUGUUGGCUACUGCUCGAAGCAGCUCUCCCUCAAUGUCGGCAUCGUACACCCGACUUUUCCUCAUUCUGAACAUAGUUAUUUUCUUUGUCAUGCUUGCAAUGCAGGUGACCUGGUUUCAGAAGGCCAAGAGACUGCACGGCCAAAGAUGUCUCUAUGCAGUCUUGCUUGUUGACAGCUGUAUAUUAUUGUGGCUGUAUUCUUCUUGUUCUCAGUCACAGUGCUAGCUAAAAGACCAGGAGCUUCUUGACCAUUUUAUGAUUAGAUAUGUCUGUGUCAUUCAGUUA